AUGUCUUCUCCCAUGUUUACUGACAUUGUUCAUUGUAAAGAGAAUAUGCUUUUGAGAGGUUUAUCCUGCUGCACUGACGAUGGGCUAAAUGACAGUUUGGAUGGGAGCUCAGCAGAACUGACUGAUGUGUUUGAAGAGGAAGGAUGUGAAGGUGAGGUUUGGAUUCCACCAUCAAGUGAACUGAAAAGCAAAAUAGCUGCCCAGCUUGAGUAUUAUCUCUCUGAUGAGCAUCUUGAGGCUGAUGCUUUCCUGUUAAAGCAUGUCCAGAGAAACAAGAUGGGUUAUGUCAGCCUGAAGUUGUUGACUUCAUUCAAGAAGAUACGGGAUCUGACACGCGAUUGGCGCACUACUCUGGCUGCUGCCCAAACCUCUCUGCACCUGGAGGUGAAUGAGAUGGGAACCAAGGUACGACGGAGAACACCGAUCCCUGACCGCCUGCUCUGCAUCCCCACCACAAAGCUGCUGCUGGUUUGGAACUUCCUGGCCCAUGCUAAUUCUACAAAGUUUGAGGACAGUCCGUCAUCUAAAAUGGACCAGCAAGGAAUCAUGGAGACUGUCACGCACAUGCUUGCUUCACAUGGCACAAUCACUUCUCUUCGUAUCCUCCGCCCAGGAAAGGAGAUCCCUACUGAGCUCAAACGCUAUACCAAAAAACAUGCCGAGCUUGGGCGAAAACUGUGUGCUGUGGUUGAAUACGAGUACUUCGAUGGGGUGCGCAAGGCAUAUGAAAUUCUUAAAACCGAGGAGGAGGCGCAUGCUGGGAAAGGUAUCCGUGUGGCGCUCCUUGGAGGCCAGGGACAACGGAGGCAAGGGAGUAGCCAGAGCCAAGCAGAGGAGGAAUUGGAAGAGGGCAUGGAUACUGACUACUCUGUAAAGCAAAACCGGAUGUCCAAGAAGCACUUGUACUGUCUGGAAGAUUCUGUUUUGUACAGUUCCUCAGAGUCCGACUUUGCUCCAGCCUCACCACGUCCUAACCGUAGAGUCUCUCGCCCUAAGGCUCAGUAUGGUAGCCCCCUGGCCAUCCCACAGGCUUCUGUUUCCCAUUCCGACCCUUAUCGGAACCCUCUGGGCAGUCCGUUGGGCAGUCCUCUCUUGCCAAACAAGCUUUUUAUUGGAGGUCAUGCUACCUCACCACUAGCCACUUCUCCAUUAAGCAGCACUCCUACUUUGUCCUGUAACUCAUCAUACAACCGAAGCAAGUGCUCAGGUGACUUCUCACAGGACAGCUCUGGAGGAAGUCCAUGGGUCCAACGGCGCAAAAAUGCUGCACAGGCUUUUUAUCCAGAGAGAAGCUGCCCCUCGUCUCCAGAUCGGAUAAAAGGAGCUGUCAGUGUGAUAGUUGUGCGCCAGCCAUUGGGCCCUGAUGGCACUAAAGGUUUCUACAACUGCAUUGGAAGAGGAAAAGUGCUGCUGCCACAGUAA